GUACGAGCACCCGCCGCAGCCUGGCUCCAAGGCGGCGGGGCCUGGGGCGUAGCCAGCGCACGCAGCGGCGGCGGCGCCCUUAAAUAGGAUCCGGAGGCGGCUAGGGGUCAGCAGUGGGCUGCGGUGACAGCCGGCGGCGGACGGGAGAGCCUGUGGAGGAGAUAUCGGCGUAGUGUGCCACCAACCCAGGACGAUGCAAGCCCACGAGCUGUCCCAGUACUUUCGGAUGCCAGAGAUGGUUGACUUCCGGCAGUACGUGCGCACACUUCCAACCAACACACUCAUGGGCUUCGGUGCGUUCGCGGCGCUCACCACCUUCUGGUACGCCACGCGGCCGCGGGCCCUGAAGCCACCGUGCGACCUGGCCAUGCAGUCGGUGCAGGUGGCGGGCAGCGAUGGUGCCCGGAGAUCUGUGCUCCUAGACAGUGACGAGCCCUUGGUGUAUUUCUAUGACGACGUCAGAACGUUAUAUGAAGGUUUCCAGAGGGGCAUACAGCUGUCAAAUAACGGCCCAUGUUUAGGCUCUCGGAAACCAGACCAACCCUAUGAAUGGCUUUCAUACAAACAGGUUGCAGAAAUGUCAGAGUGUGUGGGCUCGGCGCUGCUCCACAAGGGCUUCAAGGCGGCCCCAGAUCAGUUCAUCGGCAUCUUUUCUCAGAACAGACCUGAGUGGGUGAUCAUUGAACAGGGAUGCUUUGCUUAUUCGAUGGUGAUCGUUCCCCUCUACGAUACCCUCGGAACAGAAGCAAUCACCUACAUCAUCAACAAAGCUGAACUCUCUCUGGUUUUUGUGGACAAGCCAGGGAAGGCCAACCUCUUAUUAGAAGGUAUAGAAAAUAAAUUAACACCAUCCCUUAAAACUAUCGUUCUCAUGGACUCCUAUGGCAGUAAUCUGUCGGAACGAGGCAAGAAGUGCGGGGUGGAGAUCAUCAGCAUGAAGGCGAUGGAGGACCUGGGAAGAGCCAACAAACGGAAGCCCAAGCCUCCAGCGCCUGAAGAUAUUGCAAUAAUUUGCUUCACAAGUGGCACUACAGGCAACCCCAAAGGAGCACUGAUCACCCAUCGAAAUGUAGUGAGCGAUUGUUCAGCGUUUAUAAAAAUGACAGAGGGUGCAUUCAUUGCUUCCUCAGAUGAUACUUUGAUCUCUUUCUUGCCUCUCGCCCACAUGUUUGAGAAAGUUGUAGAGUGUAUGAUGCUGUGUCACGGAGCUAAGAUAGGAUUUUUCCAAGGAGAUAUCAGGCUCCUUAUGGAUGAUCUCAAGACCCUUCAACCCACCAUCUUCCCUGUGGUCCCCAGACUGCUGAACCGGAUGUUUGACCGAAUUUUUGCUCAGGCAAACACCACGCUGAAGCGAUGGCUGUUGGACUUUGCCUCCAAGAGGAAAGAAGCUGAGCUUCGCAGUGGCAUCAUUAGAAACAACAGCCUGUGGGAUAAGUUGAUCUUCCACAAAAUACAGUCGAGCCUGGGAGGAAAAGUACGGCUGAUGAUCACAGGAGCAGCGCCCGUGUCCGCCACCGUGCUGACCUUCCUGAGAGCCGCGCUGGGCUGCCAGUUCUACGAAGGCUAUGGACAGACCGAGUGCACUGCCGGGUGCUGCCUGACCGUGCCUGGGGACUGGACCGCAGGCCAUGUUGGUGCCCCAAUGCCUUGCAACAUUAUAAAGCUUGUCGAUGUGGAAGAAAUGAAUUACGUGGCUGCCAAGGGCGAGGGCGAGGUGUGUGUGAAGGGGGCUAAUGUAUUUCAAGGCUACUUAAAGGACCCAGCAAACACAGCAGAAGCUCUGGAUAAAGACGGCUGGUUGCACACAGGGGACAUUGGAAAGUGGUUACCAAAUGGCACCUUGAAGAUCAUCGACAGGAAAAAGCACAUCUUUAAACUGGCACAGGGAGAGUACAUAGCUCCGGAGAAGAUUGAAAACAUCUACCAGCGAAGUGAACCUAUCGCUCAGGUGUUUGUCCAUGGAGAGAGCUUGCAGGCAUUUCUCAUAGCAAUCGUGAUACCAGACGUUGAGACACUAGGUCCCUGGGCCCGGAAGAGAGGCUUUGAAGGCUCCUUUGAAGAACUGUGCAGAAACAAGGGUGUCCAAAAAGCUAUUCUGGAAGACAUGGUGAGACUGGGGAAGGAUUCUGGCCUAAAAGCAUUUGAACAGGUCAAAGGUAUUAGUCUCCACUCUGAAUUAUUCUCUGUCGACAACGGCCUUCUGACCCCAACGAUGAAGGCUAAAAGGCCAGAGCUUCGGAAUUAUUUCAGGUCACAGAUCGAUGAACUUUAUUCCACCAUCAAAAUCUAAUGCGAGGAAGGAAGCUGGGAAGAGGCCGCGUGCCUCUGCGGUCUUCUCCCGCCCAUGGCCUCAGUGGGUAGUUUUGACAACAGCAAGUAGGGAAGGAGCGUCUUUGUCUGCCUCGUGCGUUCAGAUUCUCGUCAUAGGAAGCUUAGAGGGAAUGGAACACUGCCUUAUGGUCACCUCGCAUUGCAGACCAUGUUCACGGUGAUAUACAAUUUCCAAAAUGAGCCUUAAAAAAAUUGUAAAGGGGAAACUAUAAAUGUGCUAAGUUAUUUACGACUUACUCAGUUUAAAAAGAGGGUGAAAACUUGUCUCCCUGUUUUGCUAACCAAGUGGUUAGGACUUUGCUAUUUCUGAGAUGUCUGCUACUUGCUGCGAAUUCUGCAGGUGUCUGCUGCUCUGAAGAGUACCGUGCACUGGAGGCAACCGUCCCUUAUAAACAAGAACUGUCCCAGCUGCAGGAGGUCGCAAGUGGACCAGAGGUUUUCUUUUAAUCCCUGCCACCGUCCCCUCCCCAUCUCACGUGACCCUUCUGAUUAACCCCUGUCACUCCUGUUGGAGCAGAGGAUGGACCUAAGCUCAGAACAGCGCAGGUAUGGAUGGAUGGCCGCUCACCAGAGCGGGCGGAUUCUGGCGCCCACAGAGCAGAAUAUUCGCUGACCCUCUUCUCCAGACCCGAUUCCCUUCCUCCAUCCCUUCCCAGGGGUUAUUAAAAAAUCUGCCUUAGACUCUGCAGUGAAGACAAGCAUUUCAACAAGGAAACAAUUACCUGGAUCAGCCGUGUUCAACUGUGACGCCUGAAGAACUGUCCACUUUAUCUUCACUGAACCCGUCGCUCUGUCUGUGAUGGUUUUUAAUGUGGUUUUCAUAUCAAAAGAGUACGUUGUGAUUAAGUGGCUUUUUUUCCCCAGAAUAAACUCUCAGGCAAGGCAUGUCUUUAAAAAUAUUAAGGGAGUAGAUACACUUGGGUACUUAUUGAAAUGGACGGUAAUUAAUAAAUGCUCUUCUAUCAUAAUGCUACCUGAUUUCUAUGAAAUGUAUUUGACAAGCCAAAAUUCUAAGACAUAGGAAUCUGAAAAACUCAUUUCCUGGGAUUAACUUCUCAAGGGAUAUUUUUUUUUAAGUUAAUUUGGGAAAUUAGCAGCAUUUCACUUUACUGCAAGUCUUUGCCACAUGUGACUGAAUUUAGUUGUCAUUUAUAUGUUGAAAGCAGUUGUUUGUGGAUAUGUGAGUACCUGUAUUAUACAAGCACAACGGGGUUUGCCCUAAAGAGUUGUCGUUGUAAUAACGCUAUUUGGUAGCCUAGCUUCAUACGUGCAUUCUUAAUUGCACAAGAAGUCAAUAAUUUGUCACAUUGGGGUUUUGAAUGUUUGCUUUAAGUGUUGGCUAUUUCUAUGUUUUAUAAACCAAAACAGAAUUUCCAAAAACAAUGAAGGAAACCAAAAUAAAUAUUUCUGCAUUUCAA